AUGGCUCCCUCGAAGUCUGCCCCUGCUCCCACAAAUACAAAAUGGACUCAUGAAUUUGAUACGAUUCGAAGAGAGAAGCUUUUCAGAGACCCCCCAAAAGAUCACUCAGCAUAUCCUGCACUUACAGCUGCAGUUGCACCUCAUAUCGAGUCUUUCAAUGCACUUUUCGAGAAAGAUGGUUUAAUUGCCCAAGGUUUAUUAGAUAUUGGAUCCAAGACAUACCUCGAUGGAGAUGAUAGGUUAGGACCUAGUGGAAAGAAUAGAUUGACCGUCAGAAUCAAGGAGGUUUUUGUUGAAAAGUCUAUGUUGCCUCCAUCCAACAAAUUUUCUACCAAGAACAGAGAAAUUUUACCGGCGGAAUGCAGAGAACGACAUGUUACCUACAGAGGAAAGAUGUCGGCGCGCAUGGAGUACUCGAUUAACAAUGGGGACCCAAAAGAGUUUAUUAGAGAUCUUGGGCAAUUGCCUUUGAUGUUGAUGUCAAACAAAUGCCAUCUUCAAAACAACUCACCAGCACAGCUUGUACAGAACAAAGAAGAAUCCGAGGAGCUCGGAGGAUAUUUCGUGGUGAACGGAAUUGAGAAAAUCAUUCGUCUUCUUGUUGUGAAUCGUAGGAAUUUCCCCAUGGCCAUCAUUAGACCUUCAUUCAAAGGCAGAGGUCCAGCAUACACCGAAUUCGGUAUGCUGAUUCGAUCCGUACGACCUGAUCAAACUUCCCAGACCAAUGUUCUUCACUAUCUGAAUGAUGGAAACGUUACUUUCCGUUUCUCGUGGCGCAAGAAUGAGUUUCUGGUACCCGCCAUGAUGAUUUUGAAGGCGUUGGUGGAGACAAACGACAAAGAAAUUUUUGAAGGGCUUGUCGGCACUCCUGGUUCAAAGGGAACGGAUAACACAUUCUUGAAUGAUCGGGUGGAAUUGUUAUUACGAACCUACAAGGCCUACGGUUUGUACACAAAGAGCAAGACUCGAGCAUACUUGGGCGAGAAGUUCAGAAUCGUCCUUGGAGUCCCAGAUACCAUGUCAAAUUACGAUGUCGGAACGGAAUUUCUGCGAAAGAUUGUCCUCGUCCAUCUCGGAAAUACAAACGUUACGGAAGCGCAAGACAAGGAUAAAUUUAAGAUGCUUCUUUUUAUGACCAGAAAGUUGUAUUCUUUGGUUGCUGGGGACUGUGCUGGUGACAAUCCUGAUGCGGUCCAGAAUCAGGAGAUUUUGCUUGGAGGAUUUUUGUUCGGAAUGAUUAUCAAGGAGAGACUGGAGGAUUGGCUUCACACUAGUUUGAGAAUGGCGUUGAGGGACUAUGUUCGACGAAGCCCGGAAAACAACUUCGUAACACCAGAAUUUUUGAAAGAUUUCCCUGUCAAAAUUUGUUCAAGAACAAAUGAACAGGUUGGCGGUGCUUUAGAGUACUUCAUGUCAACUGGAAAUCUAGUCAGUCCCACGGGAUUGGAUCUUCAACAAACCUCUGGAUUUACGGUUGUUGCAGAAAAGAUUAAUUUCUUGCGAUUCAUCGCCCAUUUCCGCAUGAUUCACAGAGGUAGUUUCUUCGCCCAAUUGAAAACUACUACCGUUCCUUUACCAAAGCUCCUUUCAGAACUAGGUGUCGUUAGUACCGGCUCAUCAUCCACUGAUGAAAGUGUUGUCGUUCAAUUAGAUGGAAAGAUUAUGGGAUGGUGUUCACCCAAGCAAUCUCUCGUCAUUGCCGAUACUUUACGUUACUGGAAGGUCGAAGGGACACAUGGUGUUCCGACUAACUUGGAGAUCGGGUAUAUCCCCAAUUCUCACGGAGGACAAUACCCAGGUAUCUAUCUUUCUGCUGCGCCAGCUAGAAUGGUCAGACCAGUGAAAUAUCUAGCGCUCGAUAAAGAAGAUUUUGUUGGCCCACUUGAGCAACCUUUUAUGUCUAUUGCUGUCACCGAGCAGGAGAUUGAAGCCGGGGAACACACUCACGUCGAGUUUGACCCUACUCAUAUUCUCUCCAUCCUUGCCAACAUGACUCCUUUCUCCGAUUUCAACCAAUCGCCCAGAAACAUGUAUCAAUGUCAGAUGGGUAAACAAUCUAUGGGUACACCUGGAACUGCCAUCCGUUACAGAACCGACAACAAGGCUUAUCGUCUCCAAACCGGACAAACUCCAAUUGUUCGCGCACCACUCCAUAACGAUUAUGGUUUCGACAAUUUCCCCAAUGGAAUGAACUCGGUGGUUGCCGUCAUUUCUUACACCGGAUACGACAUGGACGAUGCUAUGAUUAUCAACAAGUCCGCGCACGAGCGCGGCUUCGGUCAUGGAACAAUCUACAAGACGAAAAAGUACGAAUUAGAAGAAGGACACAAAUCUCGGUCUGCCAGAAAUAUCAAGAAGCUCUUUGGUUUCGCUCCUGGUGGACUCGUGAAAGCUGAGUGGAAAGCAGCCAUCGAUGAGGAUGGUUUGCCGUUCAUCGGGCGCAUGGUUCAAAAUGGGGAUUUGAUUGCUGCAUGGCACACGGUUUCGAUGGAUGAGAAUGGAAAAUACGUCAAUCGAGAUGGUCAGACUCACUUCGAGAAGUACAAGGAGACUGAAAUUGCAUUCAUCGAAGAAGUAAGAUUGAUUGGAAACGAGAACGGAAUAGAGCCUUGUCAAGCUAUUUCUGUCAAACUUCGCAUUCCACGUUCUCCAGUCAUUGGAGAUAAAUUUUCAAGUCGUCACGGACAGAAGGGUGUUUGUUCGCAAAAGUGGCCAGCAGUCGAUAUGCCAUUUACGGAGUCUGGUAUUCAACCUGAUACUAUUAUCAAUCCUCACGCUUUCCCUUCUCGUAUGACUAUUGGUAUGUUCGUCGAGUCCUUGGCCGGAAAAGCAGGAGCAUUACAUGGUUUGGCGCAAGAUAGUACACCAUUCAAGUUCGAUGAGGAGCACAAGGCGGGUGAUUAUUUCGGGCAUCAAUUGAUGAAGGCUGGGUACAAUUACUACGGUAACGAACCUAUGUAUUCCGGUAUCACCGGAGAGGAGUUGCACGCCGAUAUCUACAUUGGAGUUGUCUAUUACCAACGUCUUCGUCACAUGGUAAACGAUAAAUACCAAGUCAGAACCACUGGUCCAGUUACACAACUCACCGGUCAACCAAUCAAAGGUAGAAAGAAGGGUGGUGGUAUCCGUGUGGGAGAGAUGGAACGUGAUUCUCUGUUGGCUCACGGUACAGCUUUCUUGUUACAAGACAGACUACUAAACUGUUCGGAUUACACCAAAUCAUGGAUCUGCAAGGAGUGUGGUACUUUCUUGUCGACCCAGCCUACAGUCUCAGCAUUUGCAAGCAAGAAGAAAGGAACGGGUGUGGUGAGAUGCAGAAAAUGUGCCACGAGAGCGGAAGGAAAGUUUGGUGGAGGAGAGGUAUGGGAAGAUGGAAAGGGUCAGAGGUGGGUUGGUGGUGAGGACACAACCGUUGUUGCUGUCCCAGGUGUGUUGAAGUAUUUGGAUGUUGAGUUGGCGGCUAUGGGUAUCAAGUUGAAGUAUAAUGUUGGGCCUUGA